AUGACCAGAAUAACAUCAGAAGAACUGAGGUACAUCGAAGGUGCUUUGCAAGAACAGGGGACGAAUACUGACUGUUCGCUGAAGCUUCCAGUGAGAAGCAUUUUUACCAGUUUGCCAGUGUGGGCAAUCAUAUUCGCAAGUGUAGGUAACACAUGGGGUCUAGCUGUUUUCAUUGCCCAACUGCCAACCUACAUGAAAAAUAUCCUCGGAUUCUCCAUCAAACAGAAUGGGUUUCUCUCAGCUCUCCCUUUUCUGCUGCGUUAUGUUGGCGCCAUUCUAUGGAGUAGUCUAGGAGAUUGGCUGACAACGCACAAAUAUCUCUCAAUCAGAGCAUCUCGCAGAUUAUUUAGUGUUCUAGCACUAUGGGGCCCAGCCGCAAUGGUUCUUGGGGUCACGUUUGCUGGCUGUAACUGGCAAGCAACCAUUGGUCUGAUCUGUCUCGCAUUCUUCUGCAACGGAGCUAUGACGGCUAGUAUUUUGGCCAAUCAUACGGAUAUUGCCCCUAAUUUCUCUGGGACACUCUUAGGGAUUGACAACACUUUCGCCAGCAUCGUCAGCUUUCUGGUUCCCGUCGUAGUCGGAGUUAUGACGGAUGGGAAAAUAAUUUUAACAGUUUCAUAA